CGGAGGUCAGUUCAACAAUGGCAACCAAUUUAAUUUUGGGAACCCUAAUUUCCAAAUUGAGAGAUUACUGAGGAUCGAAUUCCCCAAAUUUUAUGGAGACGAUAUCAAAGGGUGGAUGUACAAGGCGGAGCAAUUCUUUGAUUACAUGUCGACACCAGAGGAGAAGAAGGUGCAAACAGCGAUGAUUUACAUGGAAGGCAAGGCUCUUCAAUGGCACCAGGCAUACAUGAAGGGACGAUUGGGAGCAGUUCCUAGUUGGAGUGACUAUGGGCGAGCAAUUUAUCUCCAGCAUGCCGAUCCUUUGGGGAAGUUAGUGGCACUUAAACAAACAGGUGGUGUGCAAGAAUUUUUGGACAAAUUUGACGAGUUACUAAAUCAGGUCGACAUAACGGAAGAACAGUCAAUCAGAAUAUUCUUGGCGAAUUUGAAACCGGAAGUGGAAGUUCAGGUAAGAAUGUUGGGGCCUCGAACAUUGAUGAAAGCGUAUAAUCAAGAGAAAUUGGCGGAGCAGUCAUUAAAGCUACAAAUGGGUCACACACAGUCCUUGGUAAGGAAUUCUAGACCAUUACUCGCUAACCCACAAGGAUUCUGGGGAAGUCAAUCUAAGGGAGGAAGCAGUAGACCAGUAGACAAUACCAAGGGGUUCAACACCGUGAACAAACCACCAUACCAAGGUACAAGAAGGUUAUCAACUACCGAAAUGGAUGAGAAAAGAGCAAAAGGCCUUUGUUAUUGGUGUGAUGAAAAAUACACCCUCAAAUCACAAAUGUAG